UCACUUCCUUUCUCUCCUGCUGUGUGCUGGGUUGCGCAUGCCCUCCCUUCGUUCCUUAAUACGUCCAUGAUAACGGCAAAAACAAAUCCUUGGAUAAUAAAAAAAUAAUAAUAACAAUCAAAGAUUGCUUUUUAGCCAAGAAUCUGUAGAGGUGUGGCAUGGAUAAGCAUCUGGGUUCUGUGCAGAUAAGUCCUCACCCUCUGAAUAUUUGGAAGGCCCAUGAGCAGUAUUUUCUGAGAAUGCAAAGGAACAAAGAGAAGAAAUCAAUGGAAAAGAUGGAAGAGUCAAAUCAGUGUAAGAGGAAACUGAGGGUGUGUGUGGCAACAUGCAACAGAGCAGAUUAUUCCAAGCUGGCCCCCAUCAUGUCUGGGAUCAAAUCCCACCCAGAAGACUUUGAACUGGAAGUUGUGGUGCUUGGUUCACAUCUCAUUGAUGACUACGGGAACACUUUUCGGAUGAUUGAGCAGGACGACUUUGACAUUGGCUCAAAGCUCCACACUAUUGUGAGAGGAGAGGACGAGGCUGCCAUGGUGGAAAGUGUUGGGCUGGCACUUGUAAAACUCCCUGAUGUUAUACAGAGACUGAAACCUGACAUCCUGGUCGUACACGGUGACCGUUUCGACGCUCUCGCUUUGGCAACUGCUGCAGCAUUAAUGAAUAUUAGAAUACUUCACCUGGAGGGAGGAGAGGUUAGUGGUACGAUUGAUGACUCAAUCCGCCAUGCCAUCAGUAAACUGGCCCAUUACCACGCCUGCUGCACACGGAUGGCAGAGCAGCAUCUCAUAGCUAUGUGUGAGGACCACUCUCGUAUCCUCCUUGCUGGCUGCCCUUCUUAUGACAAGCUGCUAUUGCCUCAUCACAGAGAGGACUACAUGGAUAUCAUCAAAAGCUGGUUGGGUGACAAGGUCCAGGAAGGUGACUAUAUUGUGGCAUUACAGCACCCAGUCACGACGGACAUCCAGCAUUCUAUUAAAAUCUAUGGGCUGAUGCUGGAUGCGCUGAUUUCCUUCAACAAGAAGACCCUUAUCCUCUUUCCUAACAUUGAUGCCGGAAGUAAGGAGAUGGUACGUGUUAUGCGGAGAAAAGGGAUUGAGCAACACCCUAACUUCCGAGCAGUGAAGCACAUUCCUUUUGAGCAGUUCAUCCAGCUUGUGUCGCAUGCUGGCUGCAUGAUUGGAAACAGCAGCUGCGGGGUACGAGAGGCUGGGGCCUUUGGCACACCUGUCAUUAACCUGGGAACAAGACAAACAGGCAGAGAAACAGGUGAAAAUGUUUUACAUGUCAGAGAUGCCGACACUCACAAUAAAAUCUACCAUGCUCUGGAGCUGCAGUUUGGAAAGAGAUACCCCUGUUCUAAAAUUUAUGGUGAUGGCAACGCAGUGCCUCGUAUUCUCAAGUUUCUCCGUUCUAUUGACCUGGACGAGCCUCUCCAAAAGACCUUCUGUUUCCCUCCUGUGAAAGACCCGAUUUCCCAGGACAUUGAUCACAUCCUAGAGACCCAAAGUGCUUUGGCCGUCGACCUGGGAGGGACCAACCUCAGAGUGGCCAUUGUCUGCAUGAGGGGCACCAUAGUGAAGAAAUACAGCCAGCCCAAUCCAAAGACUUUCGAGGCCAGAAUGGAACUCAUAUUAAAGAUGUGCAAUGAUGCCAUGCGGGAUGCUGUGGGCCUUAACUGUAGAAUACUUGGUGUUGGAGUGUCCACUGGUGGGCGUGUAAACCCCCAAGAUGGUGUGGUCCUACACUCCACAAAGCUGAUUCAGGAGUGGUCUUCUGUGGACCUAAGAACGCCCAUAUCAGAUGCUUUACACCUACCCGUCUGGGUCGACAAUGACGGCAACUGCGCUGCACUGGCAGAGAGGAAGUUUGGUCACGGCAAAGGAGUGGAGAACUUUGUCACAGUCAUCACAGGAACAGGUAUUGGAGGAGGAAUUAUCCAUCACAAUGAGUUGGUCCAUGGUAGUACCUUCUGUGCUGCUGAGCUGGGUCACAUCAUGGUUUCCCUGGAAGGCCCAGAGUGUAUGUGUGGCAGCCGCGGCUGCAUAGAGGCCUAUGCAUCCGGGAUGGCCCUUCAGAGAGAGGCCAAAAAGCUGCAUGAUGAGGAUCUGUUGAAGGUGGAGGGGAUGGAUAUGAAACUCUCAGAGCCAAUCACUGCUGCACAUCUUAUCAAUGCAGCGAAAAUGGGAAACUCCAAAGCCGACGCUGUUCUGACCAAGGCUGCCACUGCACUAGGUGUGGGCAUCAUCAACAUCCUCCACAUAGUCAACCCUUCACAGGUGAUUCUGUCUGGAGUCUUGGCCUCUUGCUACCAGGCGCCAGUGCAGCAUGUCAUCUCGCAGAGAGCGCUCUUCUCUGUCCAAAACAUCAAGGUUGUAACAUCAGACUUGGAAGAACCUGCUUUACUUGGAGCUGCCAGCAUGGUGUUAGACUAUGCAACCAGAAGAAUAUAUUAAAGAACAAACUCAUUAAAACCUUCAAGGCAGUUUUGUUCCUGUGAUCUAACAAACGUACAAAUACAGUUGUUGUUCAAAGUUGAAGUCUGUUAGUCAGAUUCGUGUGAAGUGGAGUGGGUCUAGUGCACAAGCCAGAAAUCCCAAUUGUACAGUGCCUACAGUAAUUAAUCUCCAAAGAUUAUCUGUACAAGCCAGCACCUUCCUUCUGUGCUUGUGAUGUGGAUGGAUGGAAUAGUCUGUUAUAGAAACCUUGUGACCAAAUUAUUGCUGAAUCUUGCUUCUGUUGCUUUCUUUCUAUUCUAACUCUAUUCUAACUUUAGUGUUCUAUCGGUGUUGUGUGGAUGUUCCAUUUUGAGUUGUAUCUGUUUUCGACAUUUACAUUUUUAGUUUUUGUGUGUGUUGUUGGGUUUUUUUUUUAUUAAAUAAUUUAAAAUGGUAUUAAAUAACUUGAAAUAUACACCAAUCUGUCACAACAUUAAAACUACUGUCAGGUAAAGUCAGUAGCAGCAAUUAUCAAAUUUUUCCUUAAAAAAAAGUUAAAUUAAGAAUUUAUUAUUCAACUUUUUAGUUUGUCUCCAAAGAAAAACUGAAACUGCAUAGCAGUUCAAACAUUUUUUCUUUGCGACCUUGAAAUGUUACAGUGAUUAUACCUCACUGCUAAGGUGUCAUUUGACCAGAUUAAAAUAUGUACUGUUUAGAAGGAGAAACCUAUUUAUUCAAUGCGUUUUGUUUAUUUUUUUAUUAAUUUUCAAAUUAAUAGUUUUGUUUUAAAACUGAAGACAUCUAGGUCUUUACGAGUUCUUCACCUGAAAUGCUUUUCCGGUGGACCUGAAGGAAUUCCCACAAAUGUUGAGCACUUCAUAGUGGCUCCUCUCCUAUCUGUUGACCAGAUCAAUUUUUGAGAUUGACGAACAAACACUGAACACUUUAUUGGGUAUGCCGAUUCAUCUGCUUGUUGAGGCAAAUAUCUAAUCACGUCACAAAGCUCAGAACUUCUUAAACUUGUUUCAUGAACAUGCCAGUGUAGUCAAGAAAAGACUCCAAAGUUGCCAGAUCUCAAUCCAACGCAGCACCUUUGGGAUGUGGUGGAAGGGGAAGACUGGCUUCAUGGAUGUCUAGCCGACAAAUCUGCAGCAACUGCGUGAGGCUAUCAACAUGGACCAAGAUGUUUAUUUUAUCUUGUUGAAUCUGUGCCACCAACUGUUAAGCCAGUUUUGAAUCUAAAAGGCUGUUAAUAUUUGUGUAAUAAAGAACUUUUAAUUAC